AUGAUGCGGGUGAUGUUUGUCGUCUUGGUAGUGUCGACGAUGUUGACGGUGGCGGUUGAUUUGACAGCUGGAACCGCACCGAGGGCUCCUGACACCUCCACCAAGGCCGGGGGGUCAAACGAGACACAACUAGAAGCCAUCGACGAAAAAGACAAAGAUACAGGUUCAGGCGAUGUCCAGACACCAUCCGAAGAGGAGACAGCGAUGGACAAAAUGCUGAAACUGCAGGAACUUCUUCUGGGGGAAAUCAAGGAAAUCCGUAAAGACGAGUUGGGUAGGAUCUCCAGAUCGCUCCGUGAGAGGGGGCAACCCAGUAAUCAAACUCAGAUAUCGAACAGUGUUUCAACCCAGGCGCCGUCAGAAGGUCACGCCCAACAGUUACAUAGAGAUCAAUCCCAGAAGUCGCACGAUAGUCACGACAAUAUGUCGCCCAAUGGUCACACCCAGAAGUCGCCUGAUGGUCACACCCAGAAGUCGCCCAAUGGUCACACCCAGAAGUCGCCUAAUGGUCACACCGAGAAGUCGCCCAAUGGUCACACCCAGAAGUCGCCUGAUGGUCACACCCAGAAGUCGCCUGAUGGUCACACCGAGAAGUCGCCUGAUGGUCACACCGAGAAGUCGCCCAAGGGCAACGCCCAGAAGGCCCAUAAUGGUCACAUCCAGAAGUCGCCUAAUGGUCACGCCCACAUGCCGCACAAUGACCACGCUCAUAUGUCGCACAAUGGUCACACCCAGAAGUCGGCCAAUGAUCACAUCCAGAAGUUGCCUAAUGGUCACGCCCACAUUCCACACCCUGAUCACGCCCUCAUGUCGCACAAUGGUCACGCCCGAAGUCGGCCAAUGAUCACACCAAGAAGUCGCACAGUGAAGUCGCCUAAUGGUCACGCCCAUAUGCCACACCCUGACCACGCCCAUAUGUCGCACAAUGGUCACGCCCCGAAGUCGGCCAAUGAUCACACCCAGAAGUCGCACAGUGGUCACACCCAUAUGCCACACCCUGACCACGCCCAUAUGUCGCACAAUGGUCACACCCAGAAGUCGGCCAAUGAUCACAUCCAGAAGUCGCCUAAUGGUCACGCCCACAUGCCACACCCUGACCUCGCCCAUAUGUCGCACAAUGGUCACGCCCAGAAGUCGGCCAAUGCUCACACCCAGAAGUCGCACGGUGGUCACGCCCAUAUACCACACCCUGACCACGCCCAUAUGUCGCACAAUGGUCACGCCCAGAAGUCGGCCAAUGAUCACACCCAGAAGUCGCACGGUGAUCACGCCCAUAUGCCACACCCUGACCACGCCCAUAUGUCGUACAAUGAUCACGCCAAGAAGUCGGCCAUUGACCACGCCCAGAUGUCGCCCAACGGUCACAACCAGUUGCGGUCAAAUAAUCAAGCUCAGACAUCACACAGUGGUUUCGCCAAUUGGCCGUCAACUGGUCAAGAGUCUCACAAUGGAUAUGCCCAUGUGUGGCCAAAUAGACAAACCCAGAUGUCGCCCAAUGGUCGCACCCAGUGGUCGCCUGAUGGAAGCGCCCAGUCGGCGCCCAGUGAACAUGCCCAGAUGUCGCAGAAUGGUUACGCCCAAACGCCCCGAGCUGGUCACCCUAAAAAGUUUUACGCUGAUACCGCCCAUUCGUCAGAUAGAGUCUAUGGCAGGCAGGUUACGGAUCAGAUAAAGUCUGUGGCAUGCAGGUUACGGAUCAGAUAG